GCCCUCGCCUGGGGCGGCUGCCGGCGGGGCCGGGCUCGGGCCUGGCGGCGUCCCCCGGCCUGAGGAGCGGCCCUCGGCCUCCCCGCGGCGCUUCGCCCGCUCGUGGCUCAGCGUGUUAUCGGGUUCGGAGGCCCCGGCACCUCCCCGGGGCAGUUUGGACUAAAUGGCAAGCAAAUGGACUGUUUGAAGCGCUGGGUUUGAUCGCCUAAGAGGAGGGACUUUGCAGAGGAUACCCCACAGGGAAUCUCUUGGGCGUCUUUCCUCUCAGACCCUUCCCUGAUAUGGAACAAGGUGAAGGUGAACAGGAAUCCCAGCCAGAGAGUCACGAGGACAGCAAGAGCGGCGUGAAAUCCUUGCCUGGAGGAGCAGCCCACGUCAAACUAGAGAUAAAAAAGCACGCAGUUACAGAUGACUACAAACUCUCCAAACGGGUGCUAGGGUUAGGAAUCAACGGCAAAGUGCUGGAGUGUUUCAACAAGCAGACAGGCCAGAAAUGUGCUUUGAAGCUGCUGUAUGACAACCCGAAAGCCCGUCAGGAGGUAGAAUAUCAUUGGCGAGCAUCAGGGUGUCCCCACAUUGUCCAUGUCCUGGAUGUUUAUGAGAAUAUACAUCAUGGAAAGAGAUGCCUCCUCAUUGUCAUGGAAUGCAUGGAGGGAGGAGAGCUGUUUAGCAGGAUCCAGGAGAGAGGAGAUCAAGCUUUCACUGAGAGAGAGGCUGCUGAGAUAAUGAGAGACAUCGGAACAGCCAUCCAGUAUCUGCAUUCAAUGAACAUUGCCCAUAGAGAUGUCAAGCCUGAAAACUUGCUUUACACCUCUAAAGAGAAGGAUACUGUACUCAAACUCACAGACUUCGGCUUUGCCAAAGAAACCACUGUACAAAAUGCGCUGCAGACCCCCUGUUACACUCCUUAUUAUGUGGCCCCAGAAGUCCUUGGUCCUGAGAAGUAUGACAAAUCAUGCGACAUGUGGUCGUUGGGUGUCAUCACAUAUAUUCUCCUGUGUGGGUUCCCUCCAUUCUACUCAAACACUGGUCAAGCCAUUUCUCCAGGGAUGAAGAGAAGAAUUCGGAUGGGGCAGUAUGGGUUUCCCAAUCCAGAGUGGGCUGAAGUAUCAGAGGAAGCCAAACAGCUGAUUCGCCAUUUACUGAAGACUGACCCAACAGAGAGGAUGACAGUUUCUCAAUUUAUGAAUCACCCCUGGAUUAAUAGGUCAAUGUCAGUGCCACCGACUCCUCUUCAUACUGCUCGGGUCCUGCAAGAAGAUAAAGACCACUGGGAUGAAGUUAAAGUGCCUCACCUACUGUUCGUACUGAUGACAGUUGAAUGCUUCCUGCAAAGUGAAACUAUAGGGCAGACUAAAAGUUGUUUGCAAGCCUUAACUCAUUCCUGCUGGCCUUUAUCAGGAGGAGAUGACCAGCGCUUUGGCUACCAUGAGGGUGGACUAUGAUCAAGUGAAAAUUAAAGACUUGAAAACAUCCAGCAACCGCCUCCUGAACAAACGCCGCAAGAAGCAGAAGCAGGCAGGCACCUCUUCUGCAGCCCCAGGGUGCAAUAACCAAUGAGAAGAGAAGCCAAGGACCUGUGGGUAGAGGGUAAAAGUUAAAAUGAGCAAUUUAAAAUCAGUAUGAUCAACCCUGUCCCUACCACAAAGGCAAUGAGACCGUGAAGAAGCUAUGCUGCAAAGAGGGAGCAGUGUGAAAGAUUACAUUUUUAUAACUUGAAUCAGGGCUUUGUUUUUAAAGGCUAAUGUAUAUGGCAUGAUUCUGUUGCAUAUCGCUAGGGAAAGUACAGUAAUACUAGAAGUGUUACGGGUUUUUGUUUUGGCUUUAGCUGUGUCGGAGGAAGGGAGAGAACAGGCGGCAGUCUCGGCAUACUAAUGCACUGAGGCUUUUACAGCCAUCUACAAGAGUAACUUCUGUACCAUUUUAAACUUGGGAGUAGAAAAUAUGCCAGGUGUUCUGCUAGGAGUGUUUUAUUAGUUCAAACAUGAGUACUGAGAAAGGAGAAAAAUGUCACUGCUCUUUAUACGAGUAGCACAGGUGCAUGUCUAUUUUGGAUGCAUCGGGACAGCAUUUCAUGUUAGAACUGGUAAGAAUAGUCAAUAUUUCCAAACUUACCUCCUAUAGUUACAGAAUAUCACCUGAAGAGUAAACGGUUAUUCCUAUUACAGGAAAAAUCAUCCAUACCUUUCCAUUUUCAUAAAGCCUUCAUGUAGUCCUAUGUGAAGAUUUGGGUUGUUCUGGAUUCUUAUUGAUAACAUGUAAAUUUUCUAAACUGUAACCAUUAUAUUGUGUCUAUGCCACUGUCACAUCCCUCUCUUGUAAUGUUUUUAGUUUAAAUGGUGCUUUAUGUGAAGAGUUUUAAUAAGGAUUUAGUUAGUUGAAAGCAUCCUGCAGAGAAUAUUGCUGUUCCUCUUGGAUUCACAACAUCUAGGGUGUGCAACUGGCCAUGCAGUUGUAUACAAGAGACUGCUCUAGAAGAGAGACUUCUGAAGUUCAGGAAGAAGUGGCAAGCGCGUAUUCUCGGAAUGGACCCCGGUGUCUGCCAGCAUCCUUUCUGGUAACUAUCUCCAGAUCUCAUGCCUGAGAUGUGCUGUUCACAGCACAUUUUGGUGUGCUGGGGUUGGAUUGUUCCCUGGAGUCCGGGAGGGAGAAGAUGCUGUUUUAUUUGCGGUGUUCUGUCAGUGUUUCUGGAUCCAAAGAUUUUCACCCCCAAAGGGAGAUUACCUAUAAGUAUAUCCAACCAUUGUGGUGUUUUUUUUUUUCCUGUUUGAAUUUCUGUUUAAUGGGAUCCUAGCCUUGGUUUGCUAAUUUGUUUUCCUUUGCAAUCAAAAUAUUUUCUCUCACCGUAUUUUGGGGUUUGUUUGGUUUUGUUCUAUAUUGUUUUUGAUUAGUUGAGGUGAAUCAAAUAUUUGAGAAAGUAUUAUCAGAGUCUAGGAUGAAAAUUAUGUGCUUCCAGUGAUGCAGGCAAAAAUGACUUUGUGGUAGGCACACAUUGCUGGUGUGUUAACAGGCUCAGAAGAAUGUUAAAAGACAAAAAGGAAAGCAAGGCUCUCCAGAGAGGACCCGAACCGUCCUUGUUAUCUCUAGCAAAGAUCAGCUCUAGGUUUUGGGCCUUGUCUGGGGAGCCCUGUUCCCCUUCUCCAUAGUAUUGGAUGAGACCUCUGUUCUUUGUGAACUGGUCCUAGGGUUUUCUACUGAUUUUAAUAAAUCAAUGUUAUAACA